AGUUGUGCAUCUCAGCCAUCUCCUUCCCUCUCAAGCAGGCAGACCUCCUGAGCAGCUUCAACAAUGAGCAACCUAUCAAGAAUCAGCAUGUCCAGCGGUUACUCCGGACGCAACUUUGGUGGAAGCUUGGGUGGAGCCCAGAUGCAGAGGCAGUAUGCUUCCAGUGUUUAUGGUGGCGCAGGUGGAAGUGGAGCGAAGAUCUCCAUCUCCUCUGGCGGGUUCGGGGGUGGAAACUAUGGGAUGGGAGGGAGUUCAGGCUUCGGCGGUGGUGCGGGCUUCGGGGCCGGCGGAGGAAUGGACGUCAACGUUGGAGCCAACGAGAAAGCCACCAUGCAGAACCUGAAUGACCGUCUGGCCUCUUACCUGGAGAAGGUGCGCAAACUAGAGAGCGCCAACGCCGAGCUGGAGCUGAAGAUCCGACAGUACAUGGACAACAAGACCGGCCCCGCUUCCCGGGACUACUCUGCUUACGAGGCCACCAUCGCUGAGCUGCAGGGAAAGAUCCAGAAUGCUAUUCGUGACAAUGGAAGCGUCUUCUUGGCCCACGAGAAUGCAAAGUUGGCAGCAGACGACUUCAGAACCAAGUAUGAAAACGAGCUAAGCAUGCGUACAUCAGUGGAGGCAGACAUUGCUGAGUUGAAGAGAGUGCUGGAUCAGCUCACAUUAGCCAGAUCCGACCUGGAGAUGCAGAUAGAGAGUCUCAGGGAAGAACUGGUCUUCCUCAAAAAGAACCAUUUGGAGGAAAUGGAGGCUCUGAGGAAGCAGAUGAGUGGCCAGAUCAAUGUGGAGGUGGAUGCAAAGCCGCAGGUAGACCUGACCAAGAUCAUGGCUGACAUCCGUGAGCAGUAUGAAGGUGUGGCCGCCAAGAACCAGAGGGAACUCCAGUCCUGGUUCGACUCAAAGACAGAGACGCUCAACAAAGAGAUGGUGGUGAGCACAGAAACUCUGCAGACGAGCAAGACGGAGAUCUCUGAGCUCAGGCGCACAUUACAAGGCCUGGAAAUUGAGCUACAGUCACAAUACAGCAUGAAAGCGGGUCUGGAGGGCACGUUAGCUGAAACAGAGACCCGGUACUCUAUGAAGCUCCAAGGGCUCCAGAUGCAGGUGACAUCUCUGGAGGCACAGCUGACGCAGCUGCGUGCCGACAUUGAACGACAAAGCCAGGAGUACAAGAUGCUGCUCGACGUGAAGACGAGACUGGAGAUGGAGAUCGCAGAAUACAGAAGGCUGCUGGAUGGAGAGGGCAGCAUUGGCAGUACAGAAACCAGCACCAUGAAGAAGGUCAUCGUGGUCACAGAGGAGAUUAAGAAUGGCAAGGUGGUUUCCUCAACCACCUCCUGAUGACCUGAGACACGCAGAAAACACGAGGAGCUGCAGCUGAAGGACGCGACACCAUCUGGAUCAGAACUGCUUCCUUCAUAUAACACCAAUGCAAUAAAAGCCUCUAUCACUCUA